UGGCGCCUUCCUUCGCGUGGUGUCGCAGCCGAGCCACAAACGGACUCACUUUUGUGUGUACGCGCUAGUUGGCGCGCAGGGGACUAUAUGAUGUCCUGCUGAACCCGUUGUCGUACGGACAACAACAACAACUAGAGAUUUAAGAUCUGCUAUCUCGUCCUCGAUUCACGCUCACUAUCACACACAACCACAACAACAUGAUUGCACGAACAUUGACUAUCGCCUCGCUGGCCAUCGCUGCCUAUGCACAAACCUCUACAAUAGCCGAUGCUUCAGCAACCGAAUCGACACCGGCAACCACGAGCGGUCCUUCUGCUGCUGACGCCGAGACGACCAUCACAGCUCUCUUUGGCUCUCUCACAAGUGGAUUUGCAGGCUCUGUGAUCUCUGCCAAUGGAUGCGAUACCACUCUCGCUCUUGCUUGCACAGAUACCGCCAUUGCACUUUGCGAGGAGGUUCCAGACCUUACGGCCACUGUGACGAUCGGUCCAACUGCAUACGAAUUUGUGUACGCAACAUCCAUCUACGGCGGCAAGGGUACUAUUGCCCAGUCCUGUGAUCUCGAUGGCCCCUCCGGUAGCUUCACAGCAGCCACCUGCACUGCUUCAGUCUACGCCUCCGUCGGUGGCCAGGAGACCGCCACUUCGACUGUCUCGACCAUCACGGAUACAGCCGAAUUCACCUACGCUCAAAUCCCGAUCACUGCUGGCGCAAGCAACCUUCCAUCUGCAGGCGCGACCUGCGACGCUGCCGAGUCGUCAGACAGUGCCGCUGCGCCAACUGGCACGGUGGAGCUGUACAAGAUCUUGGUACCAGUUGGUGCUGCAGUCGUUGCUGGUGCCGGUGCCAUGCUCUAAUUUGCGCUUCAUUGGGAGGAUAAUUUAAUGAGGACUGAGAUGGGUUUGAUUCGACUUUUCCAGCACUUGUACUUUUUGCACGAUACCACUACAUAACGACAGAUGAAACGGACGACUUUACGGGCAGUUGAGAUUAAUAGCAUAGAGCUUGUAUACCAGUUACGGCUUAUCCCAAUAUUGAUUGCAAUACCCGUUCGACAGUAUUAUCACAGCAGAAUUCCAGCCACUGCUACGCCAACAGGCACAACCACCUUGACAACCUCGAUAAUACUGGUUGGCUUUGCAGCGCCUUCGCUGACUCCCGUCCUGCUUGGGAAUGCAGUGGCUGUGCUGCAUUCUUCCGUCGCCUCGGCCAAUCUCUCCAAGCCACCAGUGAUUCCCACGUUGGCAUAGACCAGAUCGUCGCCCGACAGGGUGGUCU